AUGUCAGGAAAGGUCGUCCGUUUAGACAAGAGUUUGUAUGGACGGAGGCAGGCAUCUAGAACGUUUCACAAGUGCCUAGUGUCGGACCUGAAGACAAUUGGGUUUGAGCAGUCUCUGUCUGACCCGUGUGUUCUCCGUUUCAUAAUGGGGGACGAGGUGAUGGGUAUGGUCGCGAUUGAUGUGAAUGACAUUCUGUAUGCAGGAAAUGAGAGGCUUGCCAAGAUGGUUGUGGAAGCGCUAGUUGACUCUCUUCCCACGAAAAAUUUGGGCGAGGUCAAGUCCGUGAUGGAGGAUGAGGAGGCAGGCGUUGUGCCGUUCCGAGAGGUGGUGGGGAGCCUGAUGUGGAUCGCCAACCAGACGAGGCCCGACAUCUCAAAUGCUGUGUGGGCAGUGGCGAGGCACUCUCGUGAGCCAAAGAAAAGCCACUGGAAGGCGGCCCAGAAGAUUCUGAAUUAUCUUCUGGAGACGGCACAUCAAACUUUGAAGUACAAGCAGGAUGAUACGGUAGAAGUAGGCACGUUGGUGUACGUAGAUGCUGACUUCGCUAGCAAGGCCACUGACCGUAGAUCAGUUUCGGGACCAUUAGUUCUUGUAGCUGACUGUCCUGUUGCUUGGAUUUCUAGGACGCAGAAAUGUGUUUCAUUGUCAACGUCUGAAGUAGAGUAUAUUGCGAUGGGCGAUGGUGUAAAGGAAGCUCUGUUUGUGAACGGAAUGCUAGAGUUCUUAAGGUCUAGUGAGAAACUUGGUAAGAUUCAGGUACUUGAGGACAACGAGGUUGCGCUUGCUGAGAAUCCCCUUAGCUCGUGCAACAGUAAGCACAUAGUCUAGACGUAAGGCACCAUUUUCUUAGGAAUUUGACAGAGGCGGGAGUGUUGGCAGUCAGUCACGUUUCUAGCAAAGAACAGCAUGCAGAUAUCCUGACGAAGGCUUUGCCAAGAAACCUUUUUGAGGUUCAUCGUGAUUUUGUUCUGGGCUCGAGACCUAACAAGUAAGACAAGUAGAGGUCUGAGUUGCGUUAUGGUUUUUGAUUUUUCUGAUAUCUAUUUGGUCUGGUCGAGACAACAGUCCAAGGGAGGGUGUUCGAGGUAGCGGCAUGUGUAUCGACAGAACCGUAAACAGUCUGAUUGGAUAGUUUGAAUGUCGGGACUAUCAAGCUGAAGAGUCGCUGUAUUGCCAUAUAUCAUGAGAAUAUAGUGGAGUGUUCUUGGUCCUUUCUCUCUGGCCAUAGGAAUGUUCUUCGUGGAUAGUACACUAGCCCGAGGAUUUGUGAUACGUAGGAAAGUGCAUUGGUCCGUUCCAUGCAUCGGUCCGUGUUCGGUGUAUAUGCGUGAUCGGGCGGAUGUACAUUCUGUGCUUCGGACAUUCUGCCACGCUCACCCCCCCCCUCGUUUUCGUACCCAGCUUGAUUGACCUCGUCGUAGUAGGGUAAAACCCUGACUACAACCCACCUGGGGCUCGCGACUCACGACCCUCCUAUCCCAGGAGGGAUCGGGAGACACCUCCCGGCCUCUUCUUCCUGACUCAGAAACAAAGGUCUGGUAU